AGGACCGUAUGACCUCAUGCAGUGGAUAAAGUUUGUUACUAUGGCGAUCAUCAGUUUGUGAGAGUGUGGGCGCAUUCCUGGCACUAUGUGAAUAUACACCAUUAUACACAUACAAAGAAAAACCCACUGAGGACGAAAACUGGACACGAGAACACAAUUUUGGAUUUUCUCCUGCAACUUUGGGACUUCUGACACUUUAGCGUUCUGCUUGUUCAAAAGUGACUUUUCAACAAAAGAGGACAUGUUUUCCCACACUUGCAUCCUUUUUGUAUUUUUGUAUUCUUAUACGCUACUUAUGAUAUUCCUGCCACGGAUCGCCGCGCAGAAAUCGAAUGGUCCGCGGUGGCUAAUUGGGGACAGAGACAGCCACUGCGGAAUCAUCUGUUCCAAGACCCACGGCAAACCCGUCUGUGGUUCAGAUGGACGCAAUUAUGAUACCAGCUGUGACCUGCAGAAGGCCAAAUGCAAAGACCGCACACUCAGCCUAGCCUACAGGGGGCGCUGCAGAGGGAAAUCAUUUCGGAUUGAUCAGCCUCCCAUACUUCCUGCUUCCACACUGAUUCCAGAGGUUAAAGAGCUGGAACUAAAAGAAGCAGGUCAGUCUAAGUGCCGGGUGGAGAGGAGCCAGGCACUGGAGCAAGCCAAACGGCCCCAGGAAGCUAUCUUCAUCCCAGAGUGCAAUGAAGAUGGCACAUUUGCACAGGUCCAGUGCCACACUCUCACGGGCUACUGCUGGUGUGUGACCACAGACGGCAAGCCUGUCAGUGGCUCCUCAGUGCACAACAAGACCCCAGUGUGCUCAGGAAACUUCCGUGAAUUUAUGAGAACUCAUACUGGGACAAGUGGAUUGACAGGUUCAGUAACUGAUAAACCCCCAGGACCCCCUAGUUCUGGCCGAAAAGUCUCUUUCCGCUUCUUUCUCACCCUGAACCCAGAUGAUGGCUCCAAGCCCACGCCCACCAUGGAGACCCAUCGCCCCGAUGGCGACGAAAUCACUGCACCUACGCUGUGGAUCAAGCACUUGGUCUAUAAAGAGAACAAACAGAACAACUCCAGCAGCAGGAGGACAGAGAAAGUUCCCUCCUGUGACCAGGAGCGGCACAUUGCCCUGGAGGAGGCUCGGGUGAACUCACAAGAUGCCACCUUCAUUCCGGACUGUGGGUCAAUGGGCCUGUACAAGCCAGUCCAGUGCCACCAGUCCACUGGGUACUGCUGGUGUGUCGUGGUGGACACGGGGCGGCCCAUACCAGGAACCUCAGCCAGGUAUAAAGAGCCAGAGUGUGACAAUACAGCCCACUCCCAGGUGUCCGAGAUGGAGAACUCUUUCAGAGACAGAGACCUGACAGGCUGUCCAGAGGGAAAGAAAGGAGAAUUCAUAACCAGCUUGAUGGAUGCACUUACAGAAGACAUGGUCGAGACUGUUAAUUCGCCAACUCCCUCUGGUGGUGGGAGCAGGUUUGUGGAGCCCGAGCGCAGCCACACGUUGGAAGAGCGCGUCGUGCACUGGUAUUUUGCUCAGCUCGACAGCAACGGCAGCCAGGACAUCAGCAGGAAGGAGAUGAAGCCUUUCAAACGAUAUGUGAAGCGGAAAGCCAAGCCCAAGCGGUGCGCACGCAAGUUCAGUGAUUACUGUGACCUGAACAAGGACAAAGCCAUCUCUCUGCAGGAGCUGAAAGGAUGCCUGGGAGUCAGCAGAGAAGGGACUACAGCAAGCAUCAGUCAGGGGACAAGGCAAGGAACAAAACCUUUGAUAGGGUCGUCUGGUGUAAAGAUAGAAGAUUUCAGAAGAUCAGCCAGGAGCAGAGGGCACAAUGAAAAAAGCAUCUGCCCAUCAUGGAAUGAGAGAGUUUUGGAGCAUUAAAACAUGAAUGAGGUUCCUAAAGAAAAAGAUGGCAAAAAUUAUGGAGCCAAAUUGUUUGCACUUUCUCCUGCCUUGGUAGACAUGUUCUCUGUCUCUAGUUGUGUGUAAACAUUUUAUGAUGUUGGACAGAAUACUUAUACAAAAACUUUGUAUAAGAAUAUGGCACUCGUACAAGUCACUCACUACCUGCCUGAAUCCACAGAGCGACUUAUGAUGUGUUCUAAAGAGAAAUAAACUCGCAUAAAGACUUAGGCAGUAUUACAGUACAGCAGUACAUAACAGGCAAGUCUUUAUUAGGAAGUAACAUUUCAUAUUAACAUUAGAGUGCAGGAGUUUGUUGGUGACAGAUUUUCAUUUAAAGUUCCACAUGGCCAAUUUCUUACAUGGUCACUUUUUUUGGUUUGUUUUUUCAUUACCUUUAAAAAUAAAUAAAUAAAUCCGCAUUUUUUUUUUUAGCAAUUGCAAGUGGAACAUUUGUGGUAAGCAUAAACUGAACAGAAUGAUUUUUCAGAACACAUUCAAUAAUAGUUUCCACUCAUGUCUACUUAAUUCUAACUAUUAGAUCAAAGCGCUUUCAAUAAUUGCCAGUUUAAACACUUAUAUCACAUUUUUUUGUUAGUUUCCUUGGGGCAAAAAAUGUUCUGGUAUGCUUUAUUAAACAGUUUGCCUGUGCCGUUAA